UCUCAUGUAUUGUGAUUGCUCAUUCCCAUACUGACCCUUUUCUACAUAGUCUGACACAGUAUGACGAAGUCUGGGCGUUGGUCCUUUAUUUUUCCUCACCGUGCACAUCCGUAGCUGUCGCACGACGCGCCGACGACCAUUUGGAAAAUGUACAGACGUACUGUAUGCGCGUUUUGGAUUUUCAUCCUGCAACUUUCCUUUCUACAAUGGUGUUCAACGAAGGAAGUGAGAGGAGGAAAUACAGACCAUUUCAAGAUUUCAAAUGACCCAUCCAGGUCACUGAGGUCACCUGCCGUUACAUUAGAACGUCUCCUACAAGACUUCUCAUCGACAACUCCAGUUCCACCGGAACACAAUGAGGACUACAUAAUACAGCACAAACGGUUAAGAAACAGCACACAACCUGAGUUAAUCCGACUCAAAGUCAAAGAACGUUCAGUAAAAAGCAUAAUUAAUUCAACGAAAAAAGGUUCAAGCCGACAUGUUAGAAGCCUUGCCACUGGCACAAAUCAAAACUCUACAAAGACUGAGAAAGCUACAAGGAAAAGGUCCCUUCGGAUGCAAGAGGCUACAACUGACGUCAUCAUCAGCAAUCAGAAUACAACAUCGAUUCUGUCAGUCAAUCCAACAGUGGAGCAAAAAGAGACUACGACUGGAGCAGCGUCAGUCAUUCCAACAGUAGAACGAGGGACAACGGAAGCGUUGACCAUUACUCCAACAGUAGAAGAAUUUCAGACCACAAACGAAAUUACAACUGCUAUAACAGCAGUGACGAAAGAAGCCACAGCUUCGACGGUACCAACGACACAACAGCAGACUACAGCGAAACAAUCAACCACAACACAGUCUCAGACUAUUACAGCGGUGCUUUACACAACGACAAAUGCACGGCCUUCCUCCACUGAAGAUGUGUCCACGGCUGCAACUACUGUACCGACCGCUGCAACAACAACAAAGCCAUCCUAUACUGAAGCUAGGUCCACCGCUGCAACGACAACUACAACUGAUAGCACUAUACCAACCACUGUGGUAAGCACACAGCAUCUGUCUACCGAAUUUGCCGCUGUACCAACCGCUGUGGCAACUACACAGCUUUUCUCCACCGAAGAUACGUCCAUUGCUGUAACUACAACGCCGGAUACCACUGUGUCAACCCUUAUAAUAGCAACAAAACCUCCCUCUACCGAAGAUGCGUCCACCACCGCAAGUACAACGCAAGAUGGUACAACUCUACCAACCGUUGUAACAACAAUACAGCCGUCCUCUACUGAAGCUGCGUCCACCGCUGUGACUACAACGCAAGAUGACACUACUGUACAAACCACUAUGGUAACUACAAAGCCUCUGUCUACCAAAUAUGACGCGACAUCAACCAAUGUUGCAACCACACAACUUUUCUCUACCGAAGAUGCGUCCACCUUUGUAACCACAAUGCAAGAUGACACCACUCUACCGACCGCUGUAGCAACAACAACACACCCUUUAUCCACCGUAGCUGCAACUACAACGCAACAUGAUACUACUGUACCAACCACUGUGGAAACUACACGGCCUCUAUCCACCGAAGCCGUGUCCACAUCUGCAACUACAACGCGAGAUGACACCACUAAAGCAACCACUGUGGUAACUACACAACUUUUCUCUACUGAAGAUGCGUCCACCGCUGUAACUACAACGCAAGAUGACACCACCCUACCGACCGCUGCAACAACAACAACACACAGUUCCUCUACCAUAGCUGAUUCAACUGCUGCAACUACAACGCAAGAUGAUACUUCUGCACCGACCACUGUGGAAACUACACAGCCUUUGUCUACCGAGGAUGCGUCCACAUCUGCAACUACAACGCGAGAUGAUACUACUGUACCAACCAGUGUGGCAUCUACACAGAUUUUCUCUACCAAAGAUGCGUCCACCGCUGUAACCACAAUGCAAGAUGACACCACUCUACCGACUGCUGUAACAACAACACACAGUUUCUCUACCGUAGCUGAUUCAACUGCUGCAACUACAACGCGAGAUGAUACUUCUGUACCAACCAAGGUGGUGACUACACAGCUUCUGUCUACUGAAGCCGCGUCCACCACUGUAACUACAGCGCAAUAUGAUACUACUGUAUCAACCGUUGUUACAACACAGCCUUCCUCUGCUGAAUCUGCAACUACAACGCGAGAUGAUACCCCUAUGCCAACCACUGUGGCAACUACACAGAUUUUCUCUACCGAAGAAGCGUCCACCGCUGCAACUACAACGCAAGAUGAUACCACUUUAUCAACCGACGAAGCAACUACGACCACACUGGAAAAGUCAACAGCCAGCACUGUGGGACAGGACGAAAGUACAAUAAAGAUAUCAACUGUGAUAGCAUCAACACAGGCUGAUGCCUCUACCUUUUCAGCAACAACCACACAGGAUUAUUCCACAAAAUCCCCAAUAGCCUCAACAAGACCUUCGUCAACGACAGAAAGUAAAAUGACAACCAAGCAGUUCACAACUGUUGAUUCUACGACAGGAGCUACUGCAGCAAGGUCCCCGACACCAACAAGUCAAAUAACAACUCCUCUGGACACAACGUUACACGUAUCAACUAUUGAAACAACAACAGAACUUCCAAUCACCACGAUGGCAUCAACUGCUGAAGCGACUACAUAUGCAAAAUCUCCAACUACACAGUACCAAACUACCGUACCGGUUUCCAUUCAUUCAACACCAGAACAGGGUAUGUCUACUCUACCAGUUGAACAGGAGACCACAGCUGGGAUGGUGUCAUUUUUUCCGUCAACUGAAGAACACAGCACAGCGGACACAAAGGAUGGCACCACAAUAAAGAUGUCAACUAUUGCAGUAACAACAAAACUUCCAACCACCGAAGCGACGUCUACCGAUGUUACAACGAUACAGGAUGAGACCACUGUACCGUUGACAUCUACUGUAAUAACGACAGGCAAAGAAACUACAAGGAUUGCAGCAUCGACACAGGAUACAACAACUGCAUUGGUUGAGCAGGAGACUACAGACAGGGUGGUGUCAAUUUUCCCAACUACAGAAGAAAAGGCGACAACGCUAUCCUCGACACCAGUAUCAACGGUUGCAACGAGUGGACGUACCACUAAGGUUGUAACGACAUCAGGCUUUACAACAGAAGAGUCAGUGGUUUCAACAGACAUUGCCACCACUGAGGCUUUAAAUACUGCGAGCUCUACAACUGAGGAAUCAGAGGUUACAACGGACUUUACCACAAUUGAUACUGAGACUUCAGCUAUCUCUACAACUACAGAACCCGAUGUAUCAACGGAUAUGACCACAGUCAAGGCUGUUACAUCGGCAAGUUCUACAACUGCAGAACCAGAUAUUACAACAGACAUGGCAACCACUGGGGCGGUAACGUCAACAACUUCUACAACUGCAAAGUCAGGUAUUACAACGGAAACGAUCCUCACUCAGUCUGUAUCUACAAUAAGCGCUUCAACUGAAGAACCAGAUAGUACCAUGGGUAAAAUAACAACUGAGGCUGUGGCGACAAUAAGAGUUUCAACUGAGGAACCAGAUAGUACAACUGAGGCUGUAGCUACAACAAGAGUUUCAACCGAAGGGCCAGAUAGUACAACGAUCAUGACCACCACUGAGUCUGCAACGUCGGCAAGUUCUACAACCGCAGAGCCAGAUAUUACAACAGACAUGGCAACCACUGGGGCGGUAACCUCAGGAAGUUCUACACCUGCAAAGCCAGCCAGUACAAGGGACACAAUCACCACCCAGGCUAUAGCUACAAUAAGAGUUUCAACUGAGGAACCAGAUGGUACAACUGAGGAUGUGGCUACAACAAGAGUUUUAACCGAAGGGCCAGAUAGUACAACUAUCAUGACCACCACUGAGUCUGCAACGUCGGCAAGUUCUACAACCGCAGGAGCUUCAACUGAAGAACCGGAUAGUACCAUGGGUAUAGAAACAACUGAGGCUGUGGUGACAAUAAGAGGUUCAACUGAGGAACCAGAUAGUACAACUGAGGCUGUAGCUACAACAAGAGUUUUAACCGAAGGACGUGAAAGUACAACGAUCAUGACCACAUCUGAAUCUGUAACCUCAGCAAGUUCUACAACCGCAGAACCUGAUUUUACAACGGAAAUGACAACCACUGUGUCCGUUUCUUCAGCAAGUUCUACAACCGCAGAGCCAGAUAUUACAACAGACAUGACAACCACUGGGGCGGUAACCUCAGGAAGUUCUACAACAACAAAGCCAGAUAGUACAACGGACAUGAUCAUCACUCAUCCUGUAGCUACAAUAGGAGCUUCAACUGAAGCACCAGCCAGUACAAUGGACACAAUCACCACUCAGGCUGUGGCUACAACAAGAGUUUCAACCGAAGGAAGUGAUAGUACAACGAUUAUGACCACCACUGAGUCUGUAACGUCGGCAAGUUCUACAACUGCAGAGCCAGAUAUUACAACGGACAUGACAACCUCUGAGGCUGUGACGUCAGCAAGUUCUACAACUUCAAGGACAGGUAUUACAACGGAUUCUGUAACAUCAGAACGUUCUACAACUGCAAAGCCUGGUGUUACAACGGAUAUUAUCACCACUGAGUCUGUAGCUACCAUAAGACCCUUCACCGAAGAACCAGCUAGAACAACGGACAUAGUGCCAACUGAGGCUAUAUCUACAAUAGGUGCUUCAACUGAAAAACCAGAUGGUACAAUUGGCAUCACCACUACGGAGUUUAUAACUACAGCAAGCUAUACAACAGAAGAGCCAGAUCUUACAACUGAUAUGAUCAGCACCGAGGCUUUUACUUCUGCGAGAUCUACAACUGAAGAGCCGGGGAUUUCAACGGACAUUACUACCGCUGAGGCUUUGUCUACUGGUAUCUCUACAACCGAACAAUCUGAUGUUACAACGAAAAUGACCGCCACUGAGUCUGUAGCCACAAUAGGAGCGUCAACUGAAGAUCCGGGUAGAACAACGGACAUAGUGCCGACUGAGGCUAUAGUUACAAUAAGCGCCUCAACUGAAGAACAAGUUAGUACAACUGACAUAGUCACCACUGGAUCCGCGACUGCUACAACGACUACGAAAGUAAAAACUACACCACUGUUGUCAACUGCCGAAAGAACCACACACAGCAAGACCAGCAUACCGGCGUCGAGUACAGAAACACUAGAGGAGUCGACUAUUGCCAUGACAUCUUCGGAAGUUCCGGGCACCACUGAUGUACUAAGUACAGUUCAGAUGACAGCAGAGGCAUCGACAACUGAAGCAUCUACGGGAGGGCUGACCACCCUGCUUCCCACAAUAGACCAACAGACAGGAAUGAGCUCCACCGAGGAUGAAACUACGGAAAUCUCUACAAGGCCUGUCACAACAACGGAGAGCAGAAAAACGACGACAAGUGAGCAGACCACAGAUGUAACCACAGGUGUGGGAACGGCAUUCACAACUGCAAGUUCUACAGCGCGAUUGCCAACGAUGGUAUUUCCAACAACGAUGGGCUCAACACGUGACAUAACAACUGCCAAGUUCACAACUGCAACAGAAGAACCAGCAACAACUUUAACAACUACUGGCCCUUUAACGAAGGCUUCUACCUCAACAAUGCUAUUCACAUCAACAAAUGAAAUGACAUCUCAUAAAACAUUACUGGAGACUUUAGAAACAACCCCUGGACCUACAACAAGGACAUCUACAGUACAAUCUACUGAAACACUCCCCUUGACAACCAGUAAAGAAACAACUGGCCAGGCCACAACGGUACCGGUAACAACGGAACUAGAAACGACAUUCACAACCGUUGGCCCUACAACAAAGGCUUCUUCAAUAGCAUCUACUGCGACAACACCAGUUACAACAAAUGUGAAAACGUCUGAACUGGUAACCACUAAAUUGACAACCACUACUGCUGGCCGAACAACAAAGUCGUCAACAAUAGUUCCCACAACAACUGAAACAACAAGUAGAAUUACAACAGAUCAUUUCUCAACUGCAACAACAACAGAGGGGUUGGCUUUACAAACAACUAGUCCUACAACAGGGGUCUCCACAGUAGCAUCUACUGUAACAACAAGGCAAGUAACAACUGGUCCUCCAACAACUUAUAAAACAGUGCUAGAAACAUUGGGCACAACUGCUGGUUCUACUACAAGAGAUUCUACUAUCUCGUCUACUGCAACAAUGCCCUUUACUACAACAAGUGCCAAGACAUCUAGUCAGGUAACAACUGAAACAACACAACCGGAAACUACGACAGAUGAUUAUACAACAAGUGAAUCUUCCAUAGCAUCCACGGUAACAACGCCGUUUACUACAACUAGUACAAAAACGUCCGGCCAGUUCUCAACUCUAACAACCCAGCCAGAAACGACAGUCCCUACCACUAGUUCUACAACAAGGGCGUCAUCCUUAGAAUUUACUACAACAACACCAUCCACAACAAGUGACACGACAUCUGACCAGAUGACAACUGUAACAAUGGCCAAAACUGCUGGUAGGACAACCAUAGCUUCUACAACAAGUAGAACAUCUCAAGCAACAAGUAAAGUAACAACAGGCCAGUUCUCUACAGUAACAACAGCACCAGAGACGACUGUACCAACCACUAGUCCUACAACAGGAAUAUCUACAAUAGAAUCUUCUGCAACAAUGCCGUUUACAACAAAAAGGGAAACAACUGGUCCUCAGACAACUUUUAAAACAGUACUAGAAACAUUACGCACAACGGACGGUUCUACUACAAGAGCUUCUACCAUGUCAUCUACUGUGACAAUGCAAUUGACCACAACGAGUGCAAAAACAUCUGGUCAGUUCACAACUGAAACAACACAGCCAGAAACCACCACAGAUAUGUCUUCAUCAAGUGUGUCCUCCAUAGCAUCCACAGUAACAACGGCAGCACCGUCAACGCCAUUUACGACGACCACAAGUGCAGAAACAUCCGGCCAAGUAACAACUGAAACAACUAGGCCAGAAACGACAGUCCACACCACUAGUUCUACAACAAGGGGGUCUUCCAUAGAAUCCACUGCAACAAUACCAUCUACAACAACUGACACUACAUCUGACCAGUUUACAACUGAAACAACAGUAAAAACUGCUGGUCGUACAACUAGGGCUUCCACUAUGGCUUCUACAGCAAGUAUAACAUCUCAAAGAACAAGUAAAGUAACAACAAACCAGUUCUCUACUGUAACAACAGUUCCAGAGACGACUGUACCAACCACUAGUCCUACAAUAGGAGUCUCUACAACAACAUCUACUGCAACAUUGCCAUUUACAACAAAAAGAGAAACAACUGGUCCUCGGACAACUUUUCAAACAGUACUAGAAACAUUACGCACAACUGUUGGUCCUACUACAAGAGCUUCUACCAUCACGUCUACCGCAACAUUGCCGUUUACUACAACAAGUGCAAAAACAUCUGGUCAGGUAACAACAGAAACAACACAGCCAGAAACGACCACAGAUAACUCUACGACACGUGCGUCCUCCAUAGCAUCCACUGCAACAACACCAUUUACGACAAGUGCAAAAACAUCCGACCAGUUCACAACUGAAACAACGCAAUCAGAAACUUCAACCACCACCGCUAGCUUUACCACCGUUGGAGCUUCUUCCAAAGCAUCCACUGCAACAACGCCAUUUACGGCAACAAGUGCAGAAACGUCCGGCCAAUUCACAACUGAAACAACGCAGCCAGAAACAACAGCCACCACCGCUAGUUUUACCACCGCUAGGGCUUCUUCCGGGGCAUCCACUGCAACAAUAGCAUCCACAACUAGUGACAUGACUUCUGGCAUGUUUACAACUGACACAACAGCCAAAACCGCUGAUCACACAACUAGGGCAUCAACCAUAGCUUCUACAACAAGUAAAACAUCUCAAGCAACAAGUAAAGUUACGACAGAUCAGUUCUCUACUGUAACAACAGCAUCAGAGACGACAUUAGAAACUACUAGUCCAACAACAGAGGCCUCUACUGAGUUUACAGUAACAUCUACUGCAACAAUGCCAUUUACAACAAAAAGGGAAACAACUGGUCCUCAGACAACUUUUAAAACAGUACUAGAAACAUUACGCACAACUGACGGUUCUACCACAAGAGCUUCUACCGUCACAUCUACUGCAACAUUGCCGUUUACUACAACAAGUGCAAAAACAUCUGGUCAGAUAACAACAGAAACAACACAGCCAGAAAUGACCACAGAUGACUCCACGACACGUGCGUCCUCCAUAGCAUCCACUGCAACAACGCCAUUUACGACACGUGCAAAAACAUCCGGCCAGUUCACAACUGAAACAACGCAAUCAGAAACUUCAACCACCACCGCUAGUUUUACCACCGUUGGAGCGUCUUCCAAAGCAUCCACUGCAACAACGCCAUUUACGGCAACAAGUGCAGAAACGUCCGGCCAAUUCACAACUGAAACAACGCAGCCAGAAACGACAGUCACCACGGCUAGUUUUACCACCGCUAGGCCUUCUUCCAAAGCAUCCACCACAACAAUAGCAUCCACAACAAGUGACCUGACAUCUGGCAUGUUUACAACUGACACAACAGCCAAAACCGCUGAUCACACAACUAGGGCAUCAACCAUAGCUUCUACAACAAGCAAAACAUCUCAAGCAACAAGUAAACUAACAACAGACCAGUUCUCUACCGUAACAACAGCACCAGAGACGACUGUACCGACCACUAGUUCCUCAACAGAGGCCUCUACAACAUCAUCUACUGCUACAUUGCCAUUUACAACAAAAAGAGAAACAACUGGGCCGCAGACAACUCAUAAAACAGUACUAGAAACAUUACGCACAACUGCUGGUUCUACUACAAGAGCUUCUACCAUCACGUCUACUGAAACAAUGCCGUUUACUACAACACGUGCCACAACAUCUGGUCAGGUAACAACAGAAACAACACAGUUAGAAACGACAAGAGAUGUGCCUACGACAAAAGCGUCCCCCAAAGCAUCCACUGCAACAAUAAGUGCAGAAACAACUGAUCAGGUAACAACUAAAACAGCCCAGCCAAGAACCACAGUCACCACCGAUAGUACUACAACAAGUACGUCCUCCGUAUCAUCCGCUGCAACAAUACCUUUUACGACAACAAAUGGAUCUACUGCAACACUCCCCUCGACAACUAGUCCAAUAUCGGAGGCGUCCACGGUAACUACAGAACUCACCUCUGAGGCGACAGAUGUUUUGACGGAGCUGUCGCACGACGCGCCGACGACCAUUUGGAAAAUGUACAGACGUACUGUAUGCGCGUUUUGGAUUUCCAUCCUGCAACUUUCCUCAGUUCAAUGGUGUUCAACGAAGGAAGCGAGAGGAAAUGCAGACCAUUUCAAGAUUUCGCAUGACCCAUCCAGGUCACUGAGGUCACCUGCCGUCACGUUAGAACGCCUCCUACAAGACUUCUCACCAACAACUCCAGUGCCAUCGGAACACGAUGAGGACUACAUGAUACAGCACAAACGGUUAAAAAACAGCACACAUCCCGAGUUAAUCCGACUCAAAGUCAAAGAACGAUCAGUAAAAAGCAAAAUUAAUUCAACGAAAAACGGUUCAAGCCGACAUGUUAGAAGCCUUGCCACUGGCACAAAUCAAAACUUAACAAAAACUGAAAAAGUGAUCAGGAACAAGUCCAUUGGAGUACAAGCGGCUACAACUGACGUCAUCAUCAGCAAUCAGAUAACAACAGCGUUUGUGUCAGUCAAUCCAACAGUGGAGCAAGAGACUACAAAUAAAGCAGCGUCAGUCAUUCCAACAGUAGAGCAAGGAACAACGGAAGCGUUGACCAUUACUCCGACAGUAGAAGAAUUUCAGACCACAAAUGAAGUUACAACUGCUACAACAGCAGUGACGAAAGAAGCCACAGCUGGGAUAUCGACGGUACCAACGACACAACAGCAGACUACAGUGAAACAAUCAACUACAACACAGUCUCAGACCACUAAAGCGGAGCUUUACACAACGACAACUGCACAGCUUUUCUCUACCGAAGCUGUGUCCACCGCUGCAACUACAAUGCGAGAUGAUACUACUCUACCGACCGCUGCGACAACAGCACAGCCAUUUUCUACUGAAGCUAGGUCCACCAUUGCUACUUCAACUCCUACAACCACUGUGGUAACCACACAGAUGCUGUCUACCGAAGAUGACGCUGUACCAACCGCUGGGGCAACUACACAGCUUUUCUCUACAGAAGAUGCGUCUACCGCUGUAACUACAACGCAAGGUGAUACCACUGUACAAACCACUGUGACCACUACACAGCCUACCGACGAUGCGUCCACAGCUGCAACCACGACGCAAGAUGACACGACUCUACCUACCUUUCUAACAACAACACAGCCAUCCUCUACUGAAGCUGCGUCCACCGCUGUAACUACAACGCAAGAUGAUCCUACUGUACAAACCACUGUGGUAACUACAAAGCCUCUGUCUACCAAAGAUUACGCGACAUCAACCAAUGUUGUAACCACGCAACUUUUCUCUACCGAAGAUGCGUCCACCGCUGCAAAUACAACGCAAGAUGACACUACUCUACCGACCGCUGUAACAACACACCCUUUCUCUACCGUAGCUGUGUCGACCGCUACAACUACGCAUACAACGCAAGAUGACACUACCGUACCAACCACUAUGGCCACUACACAGCCUUUGUCUUCCGAAGCUGCGUCGACCGCUGCAACUACAACGCAAGAUGACACUACCGUACCAACCACUGUGAAAACUACACAGCCUCUAUUCACCGAAGCUGUGUCCACAUCUGCAACUACAACGCAAGAUGAUACUACUGUACAAACCACUAUGGUAACUACAAAGCCCCUGUCCACCAAAGAUGACGCGACAUCAACCAAUGUUGCAACCACACAACUUUUCUCUACUGAAGAUGCGUCCACCCUUGUAAGCACAAUGCAAGAUGACACCACUCUACCGACCGCUGUAGCAACAACAACACACCCUUUAUCUACCGUAGCUGCAACUACAACGCAACAUGAUACUACUGUACCAACCACUGUGGAAACUACACAGCCUCUAUCCACCGAAGUUGUGUCCACAUCUGCGACUACAACGCGAGAUGACACCACUAAAGUAACCACUGUGGUAACUACACAACUUUUCUCUACUGAAGAUCCGUCCACCGCUGUAACUACAACGCAAGAUGACACCACCCUACCGACCGCUGCAACAACAACAACACACAGUUCCUCUAACGUAGCUGAUUCAACUGCUGCAACUACAACGCAAGAUGAUACUACUUUACCGGCCACUGUGGAAACUACACAGGCUUGGUCUACCGUAGCUGCUUCAACCUCUGCAACUACAACGCAGGAUGAUACGACUGUACCAACCACCGUGGUAACCACACAGCUCUUCUCGACCGAAGAUGCAUCCACCGCUGCGACUACAACGCGAGAUGAUAGUACUGUACCAACUACUGCUGCUACUACACAUGUUACGCAUUUGUCUACGGAAAAUGGGUCCACAGUUACACCUUCAACGCGGGAUGACACCACCCUACCGACCGCUGUAACAACAACACACCCUUUCUCUACCGUACAUGCGUCAACUGCUGCGACUACAACGCAAGAUGACACCACUAUACCAACCGCUGUAACAACAACACAGUCAUCCUCUACAGAGGCUGCGUCCACCGCUGCUACUACAACGCGAGAUGACACUACUGUACCAACCACUAUGCCUACUACACGGCUUUUCACUACCGAGGAUGCGUCCACCGCUUUAAGUACAACGCCAGAUAAAACCACUGUACCAACCACCAUGGCCACAGUUACAACGAACAUAAUCACCACUGAGUCUGUAUCCACAAUGAGACCUUCAACUGAAGGACCAGCUACAACAACGGACAUAGUGCCAACUGAGGCUAAAGCUACAAUAAGAGUUUCAACUGAGGAACCAGAUGGUACAACUGAGGAUGUGGCUACAACAAGAGUUUUAACCGAAGGACCAGAUAGUACAACGAUCGUGACCACGUCUGAGUCUGUAACCUCAGCAAGUUCUACAACUGAGGCUGUAGCUACAACAAGAGUUUCGACCGAAGGACCAGAUAGUACAACGACCAUGACCACGUCUGAUUCUGUAACAUCAGCACGUUCUACAAGUGCAAAGCCUGGUGUUACAACGGAUAUUAUCACCACUGAGUCUGUAGCUACAAUAAGACCUUCAACCGAAGAACCAGCUAGAACAACGGACAUAGUGCCAACUGAGGCUAUAUCUACAAUAGGUGCUUCAACUGAAAAACCAGAUGGUACAAUUGGCAUCACCACUACGGAGUUUAUAACUACAGCAAGCUAUACAACAGAAGAGCCAGAUCUUACAACUGAUAUGAUCAGCACCGAGGCUUUUACUUCUGCGAGAUCUACAACUGAAGAGCCGGGGAUUUCAACGGACAUUACUACCGCUGAGGCUUUGUCUACUGGUAUCUCUACAACCGAACAAUCUGAUGUUACAACGAAAAUGACCGCCACUGAGUCUGUAGCCACAAUAGGAGCGUCAACUGAAGAUCCGGGUAGAACAACGGACAUAGUGCCGACUGAGGCUAUAGCUACAAUAAGCGCCUCAACUGAAGAACAAGUUAGUACAACUGACAUAGUCACCACUGGAUCCGCGACUGCUACAACGACUACGAAAGUAAAAACUACACCACUGUUGUCAACUGCCGAAAGAACCACACACAGCAAGACCAGCAUGCCGGCGUCGAGUACAGAAACACUAGAGGAGUCGACUAUUGCCAUGACAUCUUCGGAAGUUCCGGGCACCACUGCUGUACUGAGUACAGUUCAGAUGACAGCAGAGGCAUCGACAACUGAAGCAUCUACGGGAGGGCUGACCACCCUGCUUCCCACAACAGAACAACAGACAGGAAUGAGCUCCACCGAGGCUGAAACUACGGAAAUCUCUACAAGGCCUGACACAACAACGGAGAGCAGAAAAACGACGACAAGUGAGCAGACCACAGAUGUAACCACAGGUGUGGGAACGGCAUUCACAACUGCAAGUUCUACAGCGCGAAUGCCAACGAUGGUAUUUCCAACAACGAUGGGCUCAACACGUGACAUAACAACUGCCAAGUUCACAACUGCAACAGUAGAACCAGCAACAACUUUAACAGCUACUGGGCCUUUAACGAAGGCUUCUACCCCAACAAUGCUAUUCACAUCAACAAAUGAAAUGACAUCUCAUAAAACAUUACUGGAGACUUUAGAAACAACCCCUGGAUCUACAACAAGGACAUCUACAGUACAAUCUACUGAAACACUCCCCCUGACAACCAGUAAAGAAACAACUGGCCAGGCCACAACGGUACCGGUAACAACGGAACUAGAAACGACAUUCACAACCGUUGGCCCUACAACAAGGGCUUCUUCAAUAGCAUCUACUGCGACAACACCAGUUACAACAAAUGUGAAAACGUCCGAUCUGGUAACCACCGAAUCUACAAUCACAACUGCUGGCCGUACAACAAAGUCCUCAACAAUAGUUCCCACAACAACUUUGCCGUCUCAAACAACAAGUAGAAUUACAACAGGUCAGUUCUCAUCUUCACCAACAGCAGAAGAGUCGACUAUACAAACAACUAGUCCUACAACAGGGGUCUCCACAGUAGCAUCUACUGUAACAACAGCGCCAGCAACAACUGGUCCAAGAACAACAUAUAAAACAGUUCUAGAAACAUUGGGCACAACUGCUGGUUCUACUACAAGAGAUUCUACUAUCUCGUCUACUGAAACAUUGCCGUUUACAACAGCACGUGCAAAAACAUCUGGUCAGGUAACAACAGAAACAACACAGCCAGAAACGACCACAGAUGACUCUACGACACGUGCGUCUUCCAUAGCAUCCACUGCAACAACGCCAUUUACGACACGUGCAAAAACAUCCGGCCAGUUCACAACUGAAACAAUGCAAUCAGAAACUUCAACCACCACCGCUAGUUUUACCACCGUUGGAGCUUCUUCCAAAGCAUCCACUGCAACAACGCCAUUUACGGCAACAAGUGCAGAAACGUCCGGCCAAUUCACAACUGAAACAACACAGCCAGAAACGACAGCUACCACCGUUAGUUUUACCACCACUAAGGCUUCUUCUGAAGCAUCCACCACAACAAUAGCAUCCACAACAAGUGACCUGACAUCUGGCAUGUUUACAACUGACACAACAGCCAAAACCGCUGAUCGCACAACUAGGGCAUCAACCAUAGCUUCUACAACAAGCAUUACAUCUCAAGCAACAAGUAAACUAACAACAGACCAAUUCUCUACCGUAACAACAGCACCAGAGACGACUGUACCGACCACUAGUCAUACAAUAGGAGUCUCUACAACAGCAUCUACUGCAACAUUGCCAUAUACAACAAAAAGAGAAACAACUGGUCCUCGGACAACUUUUCAAACAGUACUAGAAACAUUACGCACAACUGUUGGUCCUACUACAAGAGCUUCUACCACCACGUCUACUGAAACAUUGCCGUUUACAACAGCACGUGCAAAAACAUCUGGUCAGGUAACAACAGAAACAACACAGCCAGAAACGACCACAGAUGACUCUACGACACGUGCGUCCUCCAUAGCAUCCACUGCAACAACGCCAUUUACGACACGUGCAAAAACAUCCGGCCAGUUCACAACUGAAACAAUGCAAUCAGAAACUUCAACCACCACCGCUAGUUUUACCACCGUUGGAGCUUCUUCCAAAGCAUCCACUGCAACAACGCCAUUUACGGCAACAAGUGCAGAAACGUCCGGCCAAUUCACAACUGAAACAACACAGCCAGAAACGACAGCCACCACCGCUAGUUUUACCACCACUAAGGCUUCUUCUAAAGCAUCCACCACAACAAUAGCAUCCACAACAAGUGACCUGACAUCUGGCAUGUUUACAACUGACACAACAGCCAAAACCGCUGAUCACACAACUAGGGCAUCAACCAUAGCUUCUACAACAAGCAUUACAUCUGAAGCAACAAGUAAAGUAACAACAGACCAGUUCUCUACCGUAACAACAGCACCAGAGACGACUGUACCGACCACUAGUCCUACAACAGAGGCCUCUACAACAUCAUCUACUGCAACAUUGCCAUUUACAACAAAAAGAGAAACAACUGGUCCUCGGACAACUUUUCAAACAGUACUAGAAACAUUACGCACAACUGUUGGUCCUACUACAAGAGCUUCUACCAUCACGUCUACUGAAACAAAGCCGUUUACUACAACAAGAGUCAAAACAUCUGGUCAGUUCACUACUGAAACAACACAGCCAGAAACGACUGCAGAUGGUUUUACAACAAGUGCCUCCUCCAUAGCAUCCACUGCAACAAUGCCAUUUACGUCAACAACACAGGCAGAAACGACAGUCCCCACCGCUAGUUUUACAACAACAGGCAAGCACACGUCUAGCCAGAUCACAACUGAAGCCACAGCCAAAAGUACUGCUUUCACAACGAUGCCUUCUACCAUAGACCCUACAGUAACAGCACCUUUUACAACAACAGUUGGGCACACGUCUAGUCAGUUCACAACCGAAGCUACUGCCAAAAGUACUGCUUUUACAACGAUGCCUUCUACC